AUGAAAAAUCAAAAUUCUUCGUUUCCCACCUUCCUUCUCUACGAGAUCCUUCUGGACUUUCAUGAUGACCGAAAGAUUCUGUAUUCUUGUAUAUUGGUUAGUCGAGCAUGGUGCCGAGCGAUCAUCCAUCUUCUCUGGCGAAACCCCAUGAAGCUCAUUCACGGGUCCGACGACUAUUACCCAUAUCACCGAUACCGAAGCUGUCAUGUGAAAUUGGUGGAUACCUACCUCCGACAUCUCAAUGACGACGAGCGAAUGGAGUUGUCCAAAAAAGGAUUUCCCCUCUUCGGCGCUGAACAACACACAUUUCCAAUAUUUAAUUACAUCUCGUUCUUGAGGUACUUGUCUAAUAGUGAUUUGCAGAUGAUUAGCUUAUUCUGGUGUUUGGAUUUCGAGGCAAAUAACCCCCGCCCAACGGCGGUCUCCCCGAUUCGGAGAUUCCCGUUGUUUAAGAGAAGUAACAACGGGAAAAAUAGUGGCGGGAGUAAUAAGGAAAGUCUGAUUAGCAAUGGCACCGGUAGCACUAUGAACUACAUGAGCGGUAGUAAUCGUGCAAGGGUUACAUGCAGAUUUACUAAUAUGUGGAGCAUUGUGAGAAAGAAAUUUGGCAAGAAAUCGCGGGUCAAUAGUUCGACAAUCUCAUCUUUGAUCUUUUCCGCAGCGGAUGAUUAUUAUACCGCAGACAUAUUGCUGAAAUCGGAGAUAAUUCAUCACGUACUGUCUAAAUUAAUCGCAGAACAAUGUCAAACCAUAAAGUACCUUCAAUCUACCUCAACGCUCCUAGGGUCAAGUGAUGAUGAUACAAGGUCAUUGUUGAAACAUCCUCGGAUUAGAGAAUGUUUAUCGAAUCUGACAAUGUUUGAAAGUAGAAGCAACUUCUACAGAGGUACAUCAUUUGAAGUUCUCUCGGAGAUAUGUCAGGGAUUGCGUACAAUAGAGGUUUCCUCGUGUAAUCCUUUGCACCUUCCUAACAGCGAAGAGGAAGGGUUGGAAGAUGAUGGAGAUGACCAGGCCAUACUGGAGUCACAAAAGCUUUGUAGAUUGAUAAAGGCGCAAGCUGGUUUACGAGAAUUCAUAUUGUGGAAUUGUAAAAUAGGAAUUUUUGAUAUUGUCACCCAUCUGGUCAGUUCUCAACAAAAUUCCUUACGCGUUCUUUCGUUUAAUCAUUGCGACUUUCAAAAUUCAAAUUGGCUGGAAAAUCUCUCCGAGUUUUCAAAUUUGGAAUCACUGACCUUCAACCAGUGUACGAAUUUCUCAGACCAAAUUCCCGAAAAACUUUUUCUGCCCAGUAUUAGGCGAUUGAAAUUCAUCUAUGGUCAAACGCAGCCAACUGUGUUGACAACGUUGAUUGAGGCUGCGAAGGAUAGCUUGAUGGAUUUGGACACGGGGGUUCCGCACUUUAGAUAUAAUUGGAUGAUCCUCGAUCAUCGAAGAAAAAUAAAUUUCCUCGAGUCUGAUUAUUACAAUCAUCUAAAUAUACUAGGAAAGAUCGAACUAUGUAAAAACCUUACGUCACUGACGACCUAUAUACACAUCCACACCCAAGAGCAACUGUUCAAUGCCCUCUUGAAUCUAGAUCGCUUGCAAAAAUUGGUGCUCACUGAGAUACCCUAUUGCUCGAACGAAACCGAGCAACGAUACCUGAUGUUUUCCAACUUUUUCCCGGCGUUGGGAAGUCAUCUCUCACCAACACUGCGGUUAUUACACAUUGGGACAAAGUUUGGUAUUAAGAAGAGAGCAUUGACAGGGUUUAAGAAAAAUUGCUUAAGCAGGUUUAGGAAAGUCGGGGUGUUCGGGGGAUUGGAUUGGGACAUGAAAAAUCAGAAAGUGGAAUUCGAGGGAAUUUUCGAUAGAUGGAAUAUCGAUGACAUCAAAGGUAACUUCGUGCCAAAUUACGGGGUGUUAUUCUCUGUGUGA